AUGCUGUGUUGUGUAGUGGUAGUGACGCGGGGACGCACAUUGCCGCAGAGAAGGUCGCCCAAUCGACCUGCAGCUGGCGUGGCCACGCACAUACCCACAGGUGCUACUUGUACACGCUGCUGUGUUGUGUACUCGCGCGGGUCGCUCGUCGGCUCCUCCCCCUCCAGUGGGAGCUCAGCGUCUGCCGGACCUGCACACCCCUCCGCCACAUUUGGCUUUGAGUCGCGUUGGCAGCGUGGGGAGCGGGGAGAGAGGGGCGGGCAGCUCGCGGAGCCCCAGCAGCAGCCCCGGGGCCAGCCCGCGCCGCCCCCACGACUACCUGUACCGGCGCCACCAGCCCCACCACGACUACAGACUGGAGGCGCAGUUCGCGCCGAGCUCGGGCCCCGCCAGCCGCGGGCACAGCCCCAACACGUACGCGUGAGGCUCGGCCCCCCUCCCCCUACCCCCCAGGUGGUGAGUAGUGCCAAGUUUGUUAUUUUCAUCUCAUUUACACUUGCGCUAGCAAUAGGAUGUCAGGAUUUAGCGUCUUCCCCCUACUACCAUCAAUACAAAGGGUUAAAUAAAGAUUUGGACAUACUUUAUGGUCGUAUAGAGGACCCCAUAAAAGGCAACGACGACUUUGCUAUUAUGGCGUUUACACCACGAUCUGGUUUAUAUCCACAACGUAAAUACAUCCAAGUUGAACGAGAUGAAGACGCUGAGGGUGAGAUUUGCUGCGUCAACCUUUUGGUGAAUUGUGCAUCGCCGACAAAACGACAAUGGUACGGUUCACUUAAAGAGGAACCCUUGAUUACAUUAGAAAGAUCAUAUAAUGUCCAAGAUUAUCAUUUAUGCCUGUUGAUCCAGAGGCACAUAGAAGACAGAUGGAAGGCUGCAGUGCUGAACGAUUGA